AUGGAUCGGAAUAAUGAUCAAAAAAAGAAACAUCGAAAACCAAUAAUACGCUUAAUAAGAAAAUUUUUCGUUGAUAUAGUACCGAAGCGCAAAACAGAGCCAACGUUUUUUCAUGUUAUAAAAUUCGUUUUUAUAUAUCUAGUGUAUCUUGGUACUCUAGCCUAUCUAAUUCAUCUAAUAUUGAAAUUUGUGGAAGAGGUUCCACAUCUCACAACAUUUGUUAAACCAGAGGAGAGCAUACCUGCUCCAGUAUUCGGUUUUGUUGGAGCUUUUGAUUUCAAUGUGACGUGUAACUUUUUAAAUAAUGAAUAUGAUGUUAUAAAUUCUAACGAUGGGAAAAAAUGCGUGGACUUUCUAAAGGAAGUAUCUAUAGACGGAUCUACAGUACAUUUUUUUGAUAUCAUAGACGAGCCAGAAUUAUCAUUAAACGAUCGACCAGUUUGGUCAUCCUCCGGAAUUUAUAUCUUCUUAUUUGAUGCGUCCUUCUAUGACACAGUUUUUAAAAAAGGAGGUACAAGCGAGGUUUAUGAUGAAUCACUCUACUCUAAUAUGUAUCUAGUUCCUCGUAAUCAGCGAAGUAUUGUCCGUUAUAAUAGAGUGAUUAAUAAAGAUCUUGAUGGUCAUAAAUUCAGAAACCGCCUUGGUACGGCAGCAAAGCCGAGCAAAUAUAUGGUUAUAAAUACUAAAAUACAAUCCGUUAGCCCAUUCGACGCGUCAUCGUUUAAAUACUACGCUACUCUGGAAAUAUAUUACGACCAUCGACUUGUAACUGAACAUGAGCAAGUCAGAGAAAAAACGAUCCUUUCAAUUUUAAGUUCACUCGGUGGUGGCUUUAGUCUAGGAAUGGCUGUUUAUGCAUUUUGCUUUGGUGCCCCUCAAAUUGGACCUUGGGGCUGGGCUCAAGAAGUCUACGGAUGCAGACACAGACUUAAAGUAAAACUAAGCGAAAAUUUCCAAGACUUUAUCCCUCUCGUCGAUGAAAAUCCCGAGUAUAAAGACCUGGGCGUAUCAGAUUCCGAUCGUAUAACGACGCUGGAAAGACGAAGUCAAGCACUUGAAUUAUUAUUGAAAGAAUAUGUUAUGGAUGUGGGCGAUUUAUAUGACCUUACAAACUCUCACAGAAAACAACAAGAAACAUUAUAA